AUGGGUGCUGGGGGUCGCUGCCUCUCCUUCCGGUCUGGAACAAGCCCAGUGCACUGGAACAAUAAAUCCCUCUUGCUUUUUGCAUCGAUCCUGGUUCCAUGUGGUUCACUCAGCGGGUCUUCGGAGCCAGUGACCUUUGAGGAUGUGACUGUGAACUUCACCUCAAGAGAGUGGACUUUGUUGGAUUCUAGUCAAAAGCUCUACAGAAAUGUGAUGAAGAAAAUAUUUCUGAACCUGUUCUCCAUAGAGAAAACACUAGAAGAAAAUAUUGAAGAUGACCACAAUGAUCUCAGCCAAAAUCUGGGCUCCGGUUCUCAUCACUCUCAUGAAAGAAGUCACUCUGGAGUGGAACCCUUUGCUUGUAAAAUGUGUGGGAAAAUGUUCCUUCUCUCACAUCAUUUUAUCACACAUGAAAGAACUCACACUAGAGAGAAGCCUUAUGCAUGUAAGCAUUGUGGGAAAGCCCUCACCAGUUCUAGCUGCUGUAACACUCAUGAAAGAAUACACAAAACGAAGAAGCUCUCUGCAUGUAGGCACUGUGGAAAAACUUUCACCUGUUCCAAGUGCUGUAAAAUUCAUGAAGAAACACACACAAGAACAAAGGUUUAUGUGUGUAAGCAUUGUGAAAAAGCCUUCACCCACUCUCUUUAUCAUAACAGGCAUGGAAGAAUUCACACUGGAGAGGAUCCGUGCGUGCAUUGUGGGAAAACCUUCUCUAGUUCUUAUUAUGCUAACAUUCAUGAAAGAAUUCACUCUGGAAAGAAACCUUACACAUGUCAGCAUUGUGGAAAGGCCUUCAAUAGUUCUUUUUGUCUUAAUAGGCACGAAAGAAUUCACUCUGAAAAGAAGCCUUAUGCAUGUAAGCAUUGUGACAAAACCUUUGCCAUUUUGAGUUUCUGUCACACUCAUGAAAGAACUCACACUAGGGAGACACCUUAUGUGUGUAAGCACUGUGGGAAAGUCUUCACAGGAGCCAGUUAUCGUAAUGUUCAUGAAAGGGGUCACACCAGAGAGAAGCCUUACUAUGCAUGCAGGCAUUAUGGGAAAACUUUCACCACUUACAGUUGGAGUAAUACUCAUGAAAGACUUCACACUAGACAGUAG